AUGCACGGUUACGCUGCCACCGUUCGCGCUUUGCUCGCCGCCAACCCCAAGCCCAAUGUCAACCUCCUAGACUAUCAGGAGCACACAGCGCUGGCCCUUGCCUACGAGCAGUGGGCCGUAACGAGACAGAAAUCCUCGUACGAGGAAACCGUCUCCCUGCUCAUCGAUGCCGAUCCGUCCGGGGCAGCCGCCGAUGCCAAUCUCGUGGCCGUCUGCGCCGCCAACGGCAGCACCAAGCUCCUCAAGCAGCUCGCCCACCUCGACGGUCAAACACUGCUACACACCUCUGGCCGGCGCGUGUGCGUGUCGGCCGACAAGCCCCUGCCCGCUGGAUUAGAGCGGUACUACUUUGAGGUGACACUGACCGAGAUACCGGAGGGCGCCGCGCGGCGAGCGGCGCAGGCCAACACGCGGGCCGACAAACCCGAGUUUUCCGAGAUUGCCGUCGGCUUCUGCACCCUCGGUGGCGCCGCCAUUGCGUUUCCCGGCUGGUUUCCCUUCCAGGACAACCUCUCGGGCGCCGAGUCCUGGGCCUACCAUGCCGAUACAGGCAACUGCUACGAGAGCUGUACCGAGGUUGAGGAGGAAAUCUUUGACGAGCUGCGGUACGGGGUUGGUGAUACUGUCGGGGCAGGGGUCGACUUGGAUAAGGGGGAGAUUUGGUUCACGCGGAACGGGGUUGUUUUGGAGAAGAGGUUUAAAAGUGUCACGGGCAGGCUUUUCCCGGUUGUGGGACUGCAUGAUCCGGUGAUGGUGGAGACUAAUUUUGGGGGACAUUGGGGAAGUUGA